CUGGACGGCCAUCCAGCUCGACACAACACGACUCGCAGCCGUCAGUGACUGACCGACCGACCGGGAAGCAGGGCUCCGAUCGAUCUCAAGCAUCGCACGUACCAUCCAGGCACCAUUCAACCACUCGAUCAUCGUUUUCGCAACCCGCAACCGUGGAAGUGUGUCCCAAUUUCCCCGACCCAAUCCGUUCAACAUUGUGCUCAACAAGUGUGCUUUGUGCUGUGUGCUGUGUGUAGGUGCGACCGUGUGCAUAGUGCAACGAGAUCUUUAUCCGCGACAUCGAUAAUGUUGGCAAGUUCGCAAGUGAAACCACCGGUGUACGUAGCAUUCGUGCUGGUGCUACUGGUCGCAACCAUACUACAGCUCUGCCAGGCAGAAGUGCCCGAGUAUGAGUCCGGUGGACGUAUCAGCAAGCGUGGCCCAACCGUAGGUCUGUUUGCGUUUCCACGCGUCGGCCGCAGUGAUCCGGAGAUGGCCCUCGACUGGGAAUCGUCCGCCAUGUUGCCGAUCGAGACGGGCGAUGAUUAUGCAGAAGAUUACCCGAUGAAGGAGAUGAAGCGUCAAGGGUUGGUACCGUUUCCACGCGUUGGCCGCUCGGGCAAAUCGGAGCUGGCGAUGGCGGCCGCCCGUUACAUGCAGGCAGCCCGUAACCUGCAACAGCAGCAAAGCAUCGUGAAGCGUGCCGGUGGUUCGGGUGCGAACAGUGGCAUGUGGUUUGGACCACGGUUGGGCAAACGGGGACGCUUCGGUGCCGUACCGGUACCGAGCGGUAGCAGCGAACAGCAGCUGAUCAAAGGUGAACAGCUGUAAUCUGGAUACAUAUGAUGGCCGCCUGCAUGCAUUGUUUCCCCCUCUCGUUCACACCGCUACCUAUCUCCUUUUCCGUGCGCCAGUGUUGCUUGUUUUGUUCUUUAAAAAAAAACUAACCUAAAAAAAAGAAAGACUACUACUGACGUACGCUAAAGGCCUGUUUGACUGUCCUUAGGGGACUAACUCAAAAUGGACGGUCAUCAGACAAAACAAGAUGUACGCCUGUUGUUCAAACUCUUCUAGAUGUUACCUUAUCAGAUGCAUUUGUAGAUGUGUAUGCGUGCGCGUAUACUUACUGUCAAACGGUUUGACACUAGACCACAAAAAGGUGUUUUUUGUUUACAUCGCAAUAAGUGCCAUUGCGAAUGGUUCUUUCUUUUCUGUUGUCCCCCGCCUCAGCCCGGUUCCUUUUGUGAGCCUUGUGAAGCAUACGGUUUUCCAUAAAAUCUGUUUGUAAGAAGGUUUUGUUGUUUGCGUACAACAACGUGGAAGGCUGGCAGGCAAAUGAAGGAAACGCUUACCUUUUGCUGUUCGAUUCCAUCAGUUGCCUGACGUGGUUUACGCAAACCUACAGCACUGGCACAUACUAUUCUAUCCUAAUCAUGACAUUUAUGUUUGUACAAUCCCCCCCUCCCCCCACCAUUUCCCUCAUUAAUCACCGCAAUAGACGCUAUUUACUCGUAAUGGAUGUUAACAAUUGUUCAACAAAAAAAAAACUUCAUCUUAUUAUCAACUGUCGUAGCACCUUCGAAUCAAUCUUUGUUCUCUAUUGGAAGAAGGUUUGCAAUAUAACUAGCAAAUGCAGGUUGAAACAUAAUACAAACAAAACAAAACAAAAAUGGUACUAAUAUUUAUUAGCUGACAGCAAAACUGCACGCGUGGGAGAAAAAAUGGCAGACAAGAGAAAAUCAAUAAAAAACAAAUGAAGCAGUUGUUUUCACUCAUGAAACAAGUUGUUGUAAAUAAAAUUAAAACAAAACAAAAACCAAAUAUGUAAAACAAAA